GUAGAACGAGAAGAGCAGUGCACUAUAGCUUGUCCCACGGUCGCGGUAAAAUUCGAUGGCGUUCGCCGCGUGGAUCAAACAGCCUCAAGAGGCCUCUUCCACUCCACUGGCUCCCCUGUUCUGCCUUUCGGCGCAUGCGCGCACACGCGCCUCCACAUCCCGAGAGCCUCCAGUACGGGGUUUGUGUGUUGAGCCAAAAAAAAAAAACCGCCUUCAUCCACAACGCAACCGAAAUAUGGCUUUUCAUCGAAAUGGAACAUAAAAUACGGCUUUCAGGGGAGAUAGGGAUUCGUGAGAAAAACGCCCGACCGCAUUUUUGUUGGUCUUUGUGCGUUGCUGGUGGUAGAUGGUAUCCAGCGAGCUGUAUCUGGCAGAGGAAGACGACGACUCGGCGAGUAAUAUGAAGGAGAUGAUCGGUGGUUGCUGCGUCUGUUCGGAUGAGAGAGGCUGGGCCGAAAACCCCCUCGUCUACUGCGACGGUCACGGCUGUAACGUUGCUGUCCACCAAGCCUGCUAUGGUAUUGUCCAAGUCCCCACAGGCCCCUGGUUCUGCAGGAAAUGUGAAUCACAGGAACGUGCUGCCAGGGUGAUUAAAGGGUGGAGGGGGAGAAAGCCGAGCUGGCAGACCCCUGAAGGAGGAGGACUGUCCACCACCUGUAACAAAGAGGAGGAGGACAGCAGACUGAGCAGAAGCUUAAAAACUUUGAACAUAGUGAGGUGUGAGCUGUGUCCCCACAAAGACGGAGCGCUGAAACGAACAGAUAAUGGAGGUUGGGCCCAUGUGGUUUGUGCUCUUUACAUCCCAGAAGUUGAGUUCGCUAAUGUAUCCACCAUGGAGCCUAUUGUGCUUCAGUCUGUCCCCCAUGAACGUUAUAACAAGACGUGCUACAUCUGUGAAGAACAGGGCCGUGAGAGCAAAGCUGCUUCUGGAGCCUGCAUGACAUGCAACAAACAUGGCUGCCGACAGGCCUUUCAUGUCACAUGCGCUCAGCUUGCUGGGUUGUUGUGUGAAGAACAGGGCUCAGAUGCUGAUAAUGUGAAAUACUGUGGAUACUGCAAGUAUCAUUACAGCAAGCUGAGAAGGAGCAAAGGCCGUGGUAGUAGGGCUCAAAGCUUAAGUGAUUCUUCCACUCACUCUUUGGAUAAGCACCAUGACAAGGAGAAGAAGAAACAUAAAGAAAGAGAUCGCCACAAACCAAAGCACAAAAAGUCUUUGGAAAUGACGCCUUCCCUGGUGCCAGCACUGAUGGUGUCCUCUGAGAAGAGCUACAACAGCAGCAGUGGCGGAAGUGUCUCCUCCAUCUCCUCCACUCAGAAGCGACUUGAUGACAGUGGAGGCCGUUUCACCAAUGCCAACUUCCAGGAAGUUCCAUCUCUCUCCAGUUCCAGCUCCAAGGAUGGCGGCUCCUCGGAUGGUAAGAGCUCGGACGGCAAAAGCAAGAAGUCCAGCAGUCACGGCACCAGCUCAAGCUCGGCGUCCAGGGGCCGCAAGUCCGUGCCGAGCAAAACCCACGGUCCUGUGGUCACCACGGCGACUUCAUCCACGGCCCCCUCCUCGACCAGUCCUUUUCAGCAAGGUCUUUUAUUAGGCAGCAGCAGCAGCAGUAGUAAAUCAGCCACUAGUGGGUCUGUGGUUCAACCCACAUCUGAUUUCCUCAGCUUCUCUGAUCCCAGCCUGAGGGCCGGCGACUCGUACACGCCUCCAUCCUUUGGCCGUUGCCAUGUGAAGGGUGGUGCAGAAAGCGGAGCCUCUGAAGGCAUGGUGGCUCUCAACACCUUCAGCGUGAUGUCCCUCCCCCAAAGCUCCAGCAAGCAUUAUGAAAACUGUCACCCUGCUGGAGAGCUGGGCGGCCUGGCCUCUGCCGGCUACAAACGACCCCAGCCCUCCUCGUCCUCUUCCUCUGCGACAUCAUCUUCAUCUACAGGUGAGGAUGGAGUGAAGAAGAAGAAGAGAGGGAACUGGAGGAACCGGUAUGGACCGUGCUUUACCACCCAGGACAGUAAAACCACUGAUACUGGAGAGCACGGAUCCACAAUGCCCUCAUCCACCUCCCCUUCGCCAUCCUCCAUGACCACCAUGUCCUGCCGCGGGAGCACCGUUAGCAGUACUGGAGGUGUGGGAGCGGUGGGUGCUGGUAGCAGCAGUUUGGGGAUUCAGAAGUCCCCAUCCCUCCUCAGGAAUGGAAACUUACAGGGUAUGACUGUCAGUUCCCCACCUGCUGGACCAGGUUCGUACCCCAGCAGUAGUGAUGUAGCCUGCUCGUUGCCCAGUACGGUGCUUGGAGGGUCUCUGUCCGGAUCCAAUUCCGAGUUACCUGCUCAUCAGUCUGUGGUCACUUCAAUGCCCACUCUCACCUCACUACCCCCGACCGCCCCGUUCACCAGCACUUCAUCUACACAUUCAAACUCACUACCGGGAUCCUUUAACCUGGCGCCAUCCCAUAUGUUCGGAAACAGGCUGAAUCCGAACUCCGCUAUGGCUGCACUGAUUGCCCAGUCCGAGAGCUCCCCAGCAGAUCAGGAGCUAGGAGACGGAGCUCUCGGCUUCUCCAGAAGAGGAAACUCACCAAAGACAAGCCUCUCCCCUCGGUCUCCGUUAAGUGGGCUUCAUAUCCGAUAUGACUCGUCAGGACCGUUGGUUUCAGGACUCGGCUCUGGUUCGGAUGCGCUGCCCCCUGUGGCCACCAGCAUUGACCAGCUGCUGGAACGGCAAUGGAACGAAGGACAGCAGUUCCUCCUACAACAGGGCCCGCAAGGAGAUGUUCUGGGAAUGCUAAAGUCCCUGCACCAGCUCCAGGUGGAAAACAGGCGCCUGGAGGAACAAAUCCGAACUCUUACCAUGAAGAAGGAACGACUGCAGCUCUUGAGCGCUCAGCUCUCUGUGCCUUUCACCCCCGCGAGCACCACGGCCACCACUGCCUCAUCUCCUCUGUACCCCAGCAACACUCACCCAGACAUGCUGCACAGCAAGAGCAUUCAGCUAGGCAGCAGUGUUUUAACAGAGUCCUCUCAACCCUUGCCCACUCAGGAUCCCCUGUCUGGUGGCCAUAGUAGCGGAAGUAGCACGUCCUCUCUCUCCACCCCUCCUUCUGCGGCCCACAGUCCCCCCCAGCAGCAGGUGAACGGAGUCGGCAUGGCCGGGGUGGCCAUCCAGCCUGGCAAUGCCAACUCGUCCCUACCUGCCAUAGCCGGGGUGACUGGCCUGAUGGGCGCUCUGCAAGGGAACCACCUGGCCAUGGGUGGCAUCGUGGGCGCCAUAAACCGAGUGCUCCAGAACAACAGCCCCCUGCCCCAUCCCUCAACAGCUACCAGCACAUCCCUGCCCAUGUCCAACAGCCUCAGUAACAGCAGCAUGGCCACUGUGAAAACCAGUGCUCUGCAAGGGAACCACCUGGCCAUGGGUGGCAUCGUGGGCGCCAUAAACCGAGUGCUCCAGAACAACAGCCCCCUGCCCCAUCCCUCAACAGCUACCAGCACAUCCCUUCCCAUGUCCAACAGCCUCAGUAACAGCAGCAUGGCCACUGUGAAAACCAGUGCGGAAAGGCUUUUCACCGAACAGCACAGGCAGAUCCUCCUCCAUCAGCACCAAUUGCAGCAGAUUUUCAACUCCCAACAGGUCACGCCGGAACAGCAGCAGGUUCUGCUCUAUCAGUUAAUGCAACAACAGAAGCAGCAGCAGCAGCAACAACAGCAGCAGCAGAAUGACAUACAGCUGCCAAUCAACAGCCUCCUGCCCGGCAUGCAGCCAGCCAUCUCCACAAACCCCUUCCUCGCCAUGCACAACGACAACAACACUCCUAAAACUGGAGCUGGUACUGCAACUAUCAAACAGACAAAAAGACUGGGGGAGAAGGCUGUGUCUGUAACAGGACAGGAGAAGACCUGAUGCUAAAACAAAAACAAAAAAAAACAUCAUGUUGGAGGAGUUCUGCCUUCUGGAUCCCUCUCAUCUGUCCACCCCAAGAGGCUGGCAAUCUGAGAAGAGCAGCAAGACCAGAACGUUCACCCACCGCACGAAAGCCUCACCAGCACCAGCCUUGAUUUGAACACACACACACACACACUUUUGCCAGUUUGAUGCCCAUCUGGCAAACAACAUGCUGCACUGAGUUUGAGUAAAUCACUUCCUGUAAACUUACUGGGUCCCAUGGGGCCCAAAUGACAGGCUCACACACAUAUGUGCACACAGACACAGUCUUUCUCACUCUGCCAGUGUGCUGAAAAUGACACGCUGGUGCGAGUCUCUGUGGGCGGAAAGUGUAGACGGAGGUCUCGGAUGGUGGCGCUUCUGGAACAGUAUCUGCU